CUAAAUGCGCCAAGAAUCCUGCUGACUGAAACAUUUUAAACAUUUCCUUUCAAAUUUCUAUUUUUUUUUUCUAACAGUUGUGGAGGCACGAGAUAGAGAUCAGGCAAAGCUGAUGGCCAAAGGUCUAUCAGGAGCAAUCAACAUAAGCGCCGGAAUCCACAAAGCAGUAAUGAAAGGCAUCAAGAGCUUCUCCCAACUCUUCUUCGAGAGAGACCGAGAGGAUGAAUUUGACAUAAAGGAGAUUGGAUACCCAACAGAUGUGCAGCAUUUGGCUCAUGUAGGCGCUGAUGGGUCCAGUAUGGCUGGUCUUGACGCCAUGGAUGGCUGUGGGAGAGCUCCUGAUCAGCUCAGUUUCUUCCUUCCUCCGCUCGCUCUGAGGCAGUUUGAGCUCGCCAUGAACCAUGCUUGAUCAGAUUAUACUGCAUGGUUUAUUAAUUAG